CUACGUAGUGAAAACCAUUCUGAAAAGGCUGGAUGAGAGCGAGGACUACCAAACAAUCGGUAAUCAUCCAACAAUGGCUGAUCGUCGACGAGUCAAUGGCCCUGGGGGCAUAACCAUGCCGCCUGUAUUUGAGUCAGAAGAUCUACCACUCCCAGAUCGCUCCCGCCAGGCAAAUGGCAUUCGGGCUCAAUAUCUCAAGACCGGGGUCACACCUUCGGCAUCUGGGUCAGCAUACCUAGAGAUUGAGCCUCGAAAUGGUUCUGCCAGCAAAGGCAUGAAACUGACCUGUACCGUUCAUGGCCCGAGAUCUCUGCCGCGAUCAGCUCCAUUCUCACCACACAUGGUCCUCUCAACCCACGUCAAGUUCGCCCCUUUCGCAACCCGACAACGGAGGGGCUACCUUCGAGACUCCAGCGAGCGGGAUCUAAGCACUCAUCUUGAGACAGCCCUCCGAGGCGCCCUGAUUGCGGACCGAUGGCCCAAGAGCGGCGUGGAUGUGGUUGUGACCAUCAUCGAAGGCGACCAAGCCCGGCAAGCGGCCGUGGAGCAGGGCAUCGAGGAAUGGGACAUGAUGAACGUGUUGGGUGGGUGUAUCACAGUUGCAGCGGCGGCUCUCGCCGACGCCGGCAUUGACUGUGUGGACACCGUUUCGGGGGGAGUCGCUGCCCUCGUACCAGGGAAGGAUGGUGAAGAACCGGUCAUGGUGCUUGAUCCAGUUCCUUCAGAGCACCAUGAGAUUUUGGCGGCUUGUUGUGUGGCAUAUCUCCCAUCCCGAGACGAGAUCACCAAUUUGUGGCUAAAGGGUAGUUUAUCGUCAGACGCCAACCUCCAGCGAAUGCUUAUCGCCCGCGCAGUGCACGCGAGCAAGGGUGGCAGCCAAGCGGUGGCAGCAUCUCUUACGGAAGCGGCAUUGGCGGGUUGAUGAGUGAAGUGGGUUGCUUCAGUUGGCAGUAUUGAUGCAUCACAGGGGCUGGAUCAAAGGUGUAUAGAGGGACAAGUCAGUAUCAGUCUUCCGGGCCUUAGCCUUGAGCACGCAAGACAGCCAAGGAAGCUACUUACGACAAUGGCAUCAGAGGAGGAAGUAAACCUGGUCACUCCCACGAUUGCAUCCUGAGCAUUAGAGCUACGGCAGAACCUUUCUCGCUGCUGACAAGGCUUCCCGGUCCAGGGUAAAGCCCAUUAUGGGUUCCACAAUACUUGAUAGCACGGGGGAAGACCCAGGAGACUGUUUUGUCUAUUUGACAACAACAAAAACAACACCGGGGAAUAAGAGCAGCAGGAGGAAGGCCGACGAUGAUGGUGUUAUGAGAAAACCCGUGUGAUGGUUAGUAGUAGCUUAGAACUCGUCAUUCCUUGAAGAGACGUUUGAGAAGGAGACCCAAGCCCGUGGCCGCACUGUGAACGUCUAGAAGUGAUU